AUGGUGUCAGUAGACCGCCAGCGCAUCAUCGAGACCAACCGGUCUCUGCGUCUCAUCAAGAAUGAACUAGAAUCCCUUCUCGAGAAGGGCAUCAUAACCGACGACGCCUUCGACAGCAUCACCUCCCUCCUCCCCGCCGAAGCCAGUCUCUCCAGCACAUCCUCCACCCCGGUCCCAGCUCCGCGUGCUGCUCCCGCACACGUCGCCCCCGCCGCUGCCGCCCAACCUCAUGCCACCGGCGGCGGCGGCGGCGUCAGCUCCAUCGCCGCGCGCUUCCAACAGAACCCUCCUCCAGCCGUCACCACAGCCGCCAACGCCUUUUCCAACCUCUCCCUAAACAACCGCAGCCCCUCCCCAGCUCCAGCUCCAGCUCCGGCCGCAGCACCCCCUUCAUACUCCCAAUCUACCGGCAACAGCAGCGCUCCCCCUCCCCCCUUGCCGGGCCGCUCCCAACCACCAACACCAGCGCCCGCGGCACCACCAAGCAAGCCCAUCAUAGCCCACUGCAAAGCCCUGUACAAAUACGACGCCUCGGACGCGCGCGACUGCAGCUUCGAUAAAGGCGACAAGAUCCAUGUCUACGAGUACAUGAAUGCCGACUGGUGGAUGGGGCGGUGCGUGCGCACUGAACAGGAGGGUAUCUUUCCUAAGAGUUAUGUGGAGGUGGAGGCGGCGCCUGUGCAGAGUACUGGUGCAUGGGAGGGUCAACACAGCGAGAAAUCUGGAGGAUAUCCCGGUGUGGGAGGGUAUGGUGCUGGUGGGCCUGGGUAUAGACAGCCGACGUAUGGUGGAGGGUAUAUGGCGCCCCCACCAGGAGCACCACAGGGACAGGUCUAUGAUCCUAAUGCGCCGCCGCAGGGAGAGAAGGAGGAGAACAAGUUUGAGAAACAUGGGAAGAGUAUUGGAAAGAAGUUUGGAAAUGCGGCGGUGUUUGGAGCGGGGGCUACGAUGGGCGCUAAUUUGGUUAAUUCCAUCUUUUAA